AUGGCUGGAGGUGAGAGUGAUGACUCGUCGGGUUCGUACACGGGGUGGCCGACCAUCAUGGAGGAGUCCCUGAACCCGCCGGCACACGCCACCGCUGCGACGGCGACGCCGACGCCUUGGGUCCUCCUCGAUUUGCAGGCCUUCAUGGCCAACCACCCCAACGCCACCACCGCGAAGUCCCAAACCAGGAGCGGCCAGCCCAUCGAGGUAUCCUUCUGGACCGCCCCGCCGCCGAGCGUCUCCUACAUGUGCGUCCACUGCCCUGGAUUGGAUCCCACCAAGUUCGCGGCGGAGCCCACCAUCAUGGCCACGGAGGCGGACCUCGUCCUCCUCCGACUCGCCCUAGGGCCCUGGGACAACCGCUACGAUGGAAGCUGCUAUGACUACUUCGUCUAUCACUCCGCCGCCACCAAACUGCGCUUGCUCCCGCACCCUGCCAUCGACAGGUUCAUUGACAACGAGGUUGGCCUGCUGCGCUGCGGCUCUGCUACUCCAAGCCGCCGCCUUGACCCCAGGAGAUUGGGCCUGCACCCACAUCCUGUCCCUGACGAUGGUACCUUCGUCGUUGCUGCACUCUGUAACACCCACACUUCAGGAUUCUUUGAGUACGCCCUCCACGUCUACCACUCCGGUGCAGAUGCUUGGAGCUGCCAUCCACUCUCCCUGCAUGGCCUGGUCGACCCAUCAUUUACCCAUGUUAAUACCAAGGCGAUCACUGUUGGAGGGAAAGCGGGCACCAUGGGCUGGGUCGACCUCUACCGUGGUAUCAUCUUCUGCGAUAUUCUCUCUCUACACACUGACACCAGCAGCCCUGCGCUCCGCUACUUCCCGCUGCCGCCGCCUCUCAAACCCACCAUGCCGUUCAGCGGCUCUGCAAGGCCUCUUCGUGACAUUGCUGUUGUCCAAGGUCGAAUCAGGUACACUCAGAUGCAAGUUUUUACGAGGCGAACCUGCAGCAACGGCACCUUCUCUCGAGGUUGGACUGCUACCAUCUGGAGUGCACCUGCCACCAAUCCUUGGAAGCAGGGUUGGCGCCAGGACUACAAACUCAAUUCUUCUGAUCUCUCUGUUGAUGGCAACACGUUGAAUUUUGAGUUGCUGCCUAAGAUUUUGGAUGACCAAGCCACACCCCAGCAAACCUUGGAGAGACUUUAUGUGGGCCAUCCAACCCUAAGCUUGCACUCUGAUGACACUGUUUGCUUCAUGGCCAAGGUCGACCAAUGGAAUGAAAUUACGUGGGUGCUUGCUGUUGACGUGAAGAACAUGAGGCUAAAAGAUGUGGCUCUGUAUGGCUCAAAAAGAAUUAUUUGCUUUGGCUAUGGCUACAUGAGCAGUAAGAUAUCAGACUAUCUUCCUAUGGCUCCAGGUUUAAAGGGUAGCCUAAAGCGACAAGGGGUUGUAUUGACGGUACCCUCUCAAAAGAAGCAGACCCACAUGGUGCAUCUGUCUCCUCCCUCUUGGAAAGGUGGAGAUCAGCAGAAUUUUGGAACAAGUAUGGGAGGCACAGAGGAUAUAAUGGACUUGGACAUUUUUUUUGGAUGAUGGGCAUGGCUAACUGUGGCACAUCUUCAUGCCUUGUGUUAGACUUCUUAUGGCCAGAUAUCUAUUUAUCUACUGUUUUAUUAGUUCUAUUUAUGAGGGGUAUUGCAGGUAUUUUGUAGCGAGCAUGAAUAUUCAGGGGAUUAUAUUUAUAGAAAAGUUCCAUCUACUAGAGCACAACCUUAAGAGUGUGCUCUUGUUUAUGCCCCUGUUUAUUUUUUAAUCAAUGUAAGGAGGUUGUAGACCAUAUUUUCCUCUUAUUGGUGUCAAAUUGCUCACAAAUUAUGGAUGUUUGCUGCUGGUAGU